UUAAGGAUAUGAGUCAGAUAUUAUCUCGUAUACGUUUGUAGGAGUUGAGGUGGAGGAUAUUGCCAAGGAAUGAAGAGUGCAUGGACCUUUGAAGGGAACUGGUGGAUGAUGACGUUGACCCUCCGUAAAUGACUUGACUCUGAUCUCAAACUCUACCCGCUACUGGGUACUGGGAUUCAAGACACGGACAGUGCACAUACUCAUACUCUCCCUCUCCUCCCUUUACACUCCUCCUCUUCCAUCAUCACCUCCUCCCACAUCCCGCGCACCAAUGGCUGCCAACUCGCCUCGGCCCAGCGCAAUCCCUCCGCACUCGUCUCUCGCAGGCGCUUCAGCCGCCUCGCAAGAUAACAGCCAUGACAAUGCAGCCCAGUCCGCUACCGCUGGAACAACAUCCGGACAGGCCAAGAAACGAAAGCACCGCGGUGGGAAGAAACGUCGCAAUCGAAGACAAUCCUUUGCAACCACCGCUGCGGCCAUUGGCGCGGAUGAUGAAGCGGAAGAAGAGCGGCCGAGUCUCGCGAACAACCCAGCAAGCUCGAGCUUCUACCGCCUGACCGAGAAUCACAGCAAUACGAGUCUAGAGAGCGAGGCAUUACUCGACCACCGGGACCAGACUUUCCUUCAGGCUCGCCGGCAGAGCGUUCAAUUGCGAUCCUCUCCCCACACCGGCGGCCUUCGAUCGAAGCUCUCGCGCCAGCAGCCCCAAUCGGAUAGCGAAGACGACGAUGGCGGAAACACAAACGACCAAACCCCCUUGAUGAGCUCAUCCCAACGCGAUGUUCGAGGUGGUGGCAGUUAUGGGGGGCUGAGCGCACCCUCGAGCGCUGGCCGGGCGCGGCGUGGCAGCACAUCGAGCAUCAACCACCGCAGACCCGCAUUCACUUCACACCACUCCCAAACGAACCUCGACGACUACGAUGUCAAUAAUCCUCCCUCCGUACCCGCAAGCCCCGUCAUCGGGCCCAAUAUUGGCUUUGACGAUGUCAUGCUCACGGCUGAUGUCGAACGUAGCAGAUCAGAUGACACCAACCGCAAUCGGUCGCGCGAUGUCCUCAUUGACAUAGAUGAAGAGUCUGGGCAAGGAAAAUACUCUGGAUCUUCGCAUUCCUCUCCAAAGGGCCCGAGUGAGUUCCGCCGGCGCAUGACGGCACUCCAAGCGGCCGAGGAUGUUUGCUUUCCACUGGAAGGCAUGUCGGAGAUUGGACCAGAGGACUAUCUACAUCGUCCAGAGAGCGAGGAGCCUCGCCGCCGCCGUCGUAGGCGUUGGCCGGAUCUAGGUGUGCUAGAGUCAUGGUCGCGUGAGGAGAAAGAACAACGCACGAUGGAAGGUCUUCGAACGCGAAAGGUCAGCGAGCCGCUCAUGGUCGGUGGCCGCCUCAGGCCGCAGAAAUAUAGUUGGCACCGUGAAGCCGACGAUGCGCCCUACCGAUUCACCUAUUUCAACGAGGAAUUCGACAAUACGGUUCACAGCCAAACGAUCAGCGAACUUGUACAACCCGGCCAGACUUUCAGAGACUUGUUCAUCCCUGAGCCACCAGUGAUUGAGGACAGCAGUGACGAUGAGACGGACGAAGAAGAAUUGGCGCCACUGACGAGGGAUAGCACCUUAAACGGCAACUCUAAGGCCGGCUUGCGACCCUCUUCCAGGGUGGAUCACAUCAAACAGCACUCCUCAGGCGAACAAACGCGCUCGAGCACCCCAGCUGCCGGCUCCACCACACCCAAACCAGACCAGGAAAAACCAAAACGAUAUGGCCCCAGGCCAGCCUUCUGGCUCGAUGUACUAUCGCCCACAGAUGCCGAGAUGAAGGUCAUCUCGAAGGCGUUCAGUAUCCAUCCUUUGACGGCAGAAGACAUACUGAUGCAGGAAGCCCGUGAAAAGGUGGAACUAUUCAAGCACUAUUACUUCAUAAAUUACCGGACUUUUGAGCAGGAUGAAACGAGCGAGGACUAUCUCGAACCCGUGAAUCUAUAUGUCGUUGUUUUCCGCGAAGGAGUCAUCAGUUUCCACUUCUCAAUGACGCCUCAUCCAGCCAACGUACGGCGCCGGAUUCGCCAACUUCAAGACUACCUGAUUCUAUCCCCUGAUUGGAUUUCGUACGGUAUUAUCGACGAUAUUACGGACGCAUAUGCACCUCUCAUUCAGCGCAUCGAAGAAGACGUUGACGACAUUGACGAGGCAAUAUUGCGUUUGCAUUCUGGCGAAGAUGAGCAGGAGGCAAAGAAAUCCAAAUCGUUCCCGUACCCGUACGGAAGUUCGUUCUACGAAAAGGGCGAUACGGGAACGAAAGAAGGGCAGGAUAGUGGCAGAGACAUGUUGCGACGAGUGGGCGAGUGUCGAAAGAAGGUGAUGAGCCUUUAUCGCCUCUUAGGUAACAAAGCCGAUGUCAUCAAGGGUUUUGCGAAGAGGUGCAACGAGCAGUGGGAUGUGGCGCCCAGGAGCGAGAUUGGAUUGUAUCUGGGAGAUAUCCAAGAUCAUAUCGUGACCAUGACAUCUAACCUGAGUCAUUAUGAAAACCUGCUAUCUCGCGCGCAUAGCAAUUACCUCGCACAGAUCAACAUUCGAAUGAACGAACGGCAAGAGAAGACAUCUGACAUUCUUGGAAAACUGACCGUGAUGGGUACUAUUGUCUUACCGAUGAACGUUGUCACUGGUAUUUGGGGAAUGAAUUGCCUGGUCCCUGGACAGGAUAUAGAAAACCUGAACUGGUUUUGGUGCAUCACUGCCUCGCUGAUUGUCUUCGGUCUCACAUGCUAUUUCAUUGCGAAGAGGAUAUAUGGCAUAGUGUAAUGCCCUUGAACCGUUGGGGGAACCAUUGCCAGCCUUGAGUUUCUUUCGGCGCUAUAUGUAUGAUUUUCUGUAAGGCGUUGGUGGAUACAUAUACAAAUACCUCGCGAUCGACACCCCAUCUUGAAUAUGUUACAGGCGUUGUUGGGAUAUAGUAGAUUCUGUUAUUGUAUGAUUGGAAGACGUAGCAUAGGCUAUGCUGCAGGAGCCACGACGAGAGGACCAUGGAACCUCACCAAUCUUCCUUUGUAAUAAUCACAAGAUCCACACUGUCUCCAGCAUCAAUGAGUGUACAGCAUAUACAGUAACACACUGCUAUAAAAUUGGGACCACCUUCAC